AUGCCUGCAAUGCAUUUACCUUUAGCACAAUCAAAUAAUCUUGCUGUAUCAACAACUGAUAUCAGCCUUCAUUCAAUAAUGGAUCAUCAUCAUGAGCCACUAUCAUCUGGACACAUUAGAACUUUGUUAAUUAUUAUAGGUACGACCGCUGCAGUAAUUGUCCUUUCAAGUACUAUUGUUUUCCUUCUUCCUAUAUGGAAAAAUACAACAGAAUGUUCAGAUUAUUGUGACCAUAAUAUUAUAAAUUCAUCAACGUUACCAUCGAAAAUUCAACAAAUUGAAGCUGAUUUUAUAAUUAUUGGUGGAGGUACAGCUGGAUGUAUAGUAUCUGCCAGAUUAGCUGAAUAUGGUUUUCAAACUUUAUUAAUAUCCAGUGGUUCAAAUGAUACACAAAAUCCAUUAAUGAGAGAACAAGCUUCUUAUAAACAACUACUUCAUAAUACUCCGCAUUUUAAACAUUAUUUACCAUUAAGUUCAUCACCAAAUCUUAAUAAUCGAACAUUAGAUGUUAUUGUAUGGAAUACUCUCGGAGGAAAUAGUAUUAAUGGUGGCGGAGCACAACGACUGACGGAAAACGAAUGGAAUUAUUUUAUUAAUGCUACAGGUGAUUCAUCAUUUUCGAAAGAAGCAAUGUCAAAAUAUUAUAAACGAACUGAAAAUUAUAUAACAACUGGACCAUUUUCAAAUUUAAAUCUUCAUGGAAAUAAUGGUCCGAUUAAAAUAACUCAAGUUUAUGAUUCAGUAUUUAAUCAAAUAUGGAAAAAUGUUGCGAAUGAAUUAAAUGAAUCAUUUACUAAUGAUCUAGCCGAUAAGAUUGAUUAUGGUUUUUCAUUUGAAUCUUCUUCAUUUACAAAUGGAAUUCGAAGUUGGAGUUGUGAUAAAUAUUUAAGUUCAACUUUAAAUAAAUAUUCAAAUCUUAAAGUAUUAACAAGUAGUACAGCAAUUAAAUUUGAUAUAAAUGAACAAACUAAACAAGUUAACAGUGUCUUAUUUAUUUCAAAUGAUGGUUUAUUCAAUGGUAUUGCAAGAAAAGAAUAUAUUUUAUCUGCUGGAACAUUCUUUAGUCCACAUAUUUUAAUGUUAUCGGGUAUUGGUGAUCGAAAAAUUCUUCAAGAAAAUAAUAUACCAGUAAAACAUGAAUUAAAACAAGUAGGAAAAAACUUAAUGGAUAAUGGAAUGAUAAAUAUUAAAUAUCAAACACAAAAUUUUUCCAUAGGUCAAUCAAUACCAAUGGCUGUAAUUAAUAGUCAAACACAUACAACGAAUAAUAAUUCUGAUACAUUUUUUCUGUUAAAAAUGAAUUCUAAUACAAAAGAUUUGGAUAUUUUCGUAUUUAAUGCUUUACCAAAAUCAACAGUUGGUUUUCUAUCAUUACAUAAUUCUAAUCCACUUAUGCCACCAAAAAUAACUUUAGAUUAUUUUAAAGAUUCAAAUGAUCUUAAUAUAUUUAUUAAUGCUAUUAAAUAUGUUCGCAAAGUUAUGUCAACAGAUACAUUGAAACAAUAUGCUAAUAUAACUGAAAUUUUACCAGGAUUACAAGAAAUAAAUUUAGCUACGUAUGUUCGAAAUACUUUAAAUGCAGCUGGUCAUUUUUCCGGAACAUGUGCAAUGGGACAGAAUGCAGAAAAUUCAGUGGUUGAUAAAUACUUUAAAGUUCAUGGAAUAAGUAAUCUUCGUGUGGUUGAUGCAUCUGUAUUUCCAGCAAAUUUUGCGACAAAAACUGGACCUUAUUUAACAGUUCAUGCAUUAGCAGAAAAAUUAGUACAUAUUUUACAUGAAACUUAUUUAUAG